CGCCGAUCAGACAAGCCACAAUGUCCUCCCGAAACAAUCCGAACGACCUACUCAACGGAUACACUGGCCCAUUGCCUUCAAUGCAGGGCCAAGACCUACUCAACAGCAACAGGCAUAACGUCCUGUUGCCUUCGAUGCAACCCCAAGACCCAAUCCGGCGAUUCAUAGAGAAUCAUACCAACUCGUACAACACGGGGCGCAACACCUUCACAUUCUCGCGAGACGCAGCCAGGGACGGCUCCGGAUCCGUCAACCUGCUCGACGGGAACUGCCAGCUCCGUGCGGAGAGGAGCCAUGACAGGAACUGGUCCAGUCGCGCGACCGUGAGCAGCGACCGCGUCACCCUGGCUUCCGGCUCCGCAAACGUGAUAAGGUCAAGUGGAUCCGGGACCCCGAGGGCGCAAGCAUCGCGUGGGAGCAUAAGACUCAGCACAACAACAAUGUCUGCAGCCACUUUGAGACGGGUGUCAAGAACAACAACGGGGGGAUCGGUGCUUUCUUUCGGUGGGCAAUAGGCUUCAAUG